UUUCUGCUCUCACAGAUGACACCGAGGUGACAUGAGUGGUUCUUUGUUGCUCCUGACUUGAGAAAGAUGACUUGCGAGAACUGAAUUUGAAAAGUGAAAGUUGUUGUUCUUUACUUGAGUGUGUUGGACUCUCCCCCCGUGAUACCGAUGGCGAAAGGAAAAGGGAAAGCUGCUUGUGGGCUUUGUGGCAAGAAGUGCUCUGGUGAAGUCCUGAAGGUGCAAGACAAUUACUUUCAUGUCACCUGCUUCAAAUGUGCUGCUUGCAAUACAUCUUUGGAGCGUGGAGGCUUCUUCUUCAAGGAGAACAAUUAUUAUUGUACCAGAGAUUACCAGAAAUACUAUGGGACCAAAUGUGGAGGUUGUGGUGAAUAUGUUGAGGGUGAAGUUGUCACAGCAUUGGGUAAUACAUACCAUCGGAAAUGUUUCCGAUGUGGCCGUUGCAAGGAACCAUUUCCUUCUGGUGACCGAGUGACUUUCACUGGAAAGGAUUGCCUCUGUCAAAGAUGCCUUCAUAUUCCUAUAGUUGAUUCUCAUUCUCCUCCUACCAGCCCUUCCUCUUUGCCCAAAUGUGGAGGUUGUGGUGAGGAACUGAAGGAAGGCCAAUCUUUGAUAGCACUAGAUAAUCAAUGGCAUGUAUGGUGCUUUCGUUGUGCUGCCUGUAGUGUCAUGCUCAGUGAAGGCUAUAAGGGAAAGGAUGCAAAGCCUUAUUGCGAGAAGGAUUAUCAGAAAUUGUUUGGAGUGAAGUGUGCUUACUGUGGGAGAUUUAUUAAUGGAAAAGUGCUCCAGGCUGGGGAGAUACAUCACUUCCAUCCCACUUGUGCUAGAUGUAGUAAAUGUGGAGAUCCAUUUGGUGAUGGAGAAGAAAUGUAUGUCCAAGGAGCUGCAAUCUGGCAUCCAAGAUGUGGUCCUGGCCCUGAUGAUCGUCCAGACAGCAGUCUUCUGGCUGAUGGCCACUUGGAUGGUGAUAUUUCAGCUCGGGAACUAGAGGGACUAAGUAGCAUCAGUGAUACACAGUAUUCUGGUCGAAUGUAUAGUCCAGGCUUGAUCCUAAGAGACUAUCGUUCCCCAUAUGGAGAAGACAUUACUCGAAUCUACACAUACAGUUACCUGACGGCAGAACCAUCACUGGGCUAUCUUCGAAGACCGAUUCAUCCCUAUGACAAAGCACCCAAAUCCCCUCAGUUCCAUCGACCUGAUUCCUCUGAGAGAAGCAGUUCAAGGGUUCGAGGGAAGCAGUCUUCCAAGUCAGCCAUGAAAGCCCUGGUGGAUCGAAUGGUAUCUGAAACACCUCGUCCACGUUCGCCUCAUAUGAAUAAUGAGGAGCCUAUUGAACUGGCACAUUUUCCAUCUGCUCGACCUCCAACCCCAGGAGAGACACCAAAGAUUGAGCGGGACGAUUUCCCUGCUCCUCCGUUUCCUUAUACUGAUCCUGAACGAAGGAGGCAUUGGUCUGGUAGCACAAAGGAUGCAGAACCCUCAGAUGAAGAGGAUCAGGUUGACACUGGAAGUACCAAAGAGAAUGUGGAUCCUAAAAUUAUGAAAGAAGAAGCAGAGCUUAGUAAGAUAGCUGGUGGGAUAGGGAAAGUAUUUCUGUCCCAAGUACGUGAGAGGGAGAAGUUAAGGCAGUGGAAGCUACGUCAUAUUGACCCCAGAAAUGCAUCUCGGACUCCAAGUGCCAAAGCAGAACCACAUUAUGGGUUAAGGUAUCAAUCACCAGUCAAUGCAUCUCCUUCCAGAUAUAGUGGUCACCCUCGGCCAUGGGAAGAGGAGGAGUUUGAUCGUAGCAGCAGCUAUCGAUCAUCAAUGGGUCGCUCAGUGGGAACUAUCCCAUCAUAUAAUGUGGUGUCAUCCCUUCGUCAAGUGCCUAAACCUGGCUAUGGACUGAAAGCAGCUACACUUCCAGCAGCAGGACGAAAUGGAGGCCCUGCAGGCAUGCUUGUGAGUCCCUAUUACCCAUCCAGCAUGUUGAGACAUAAGCAUCCGCAGACAAUCCGUGGGGGUUUCCCCUUGGCCAGUGCCCUUCGCCCUGCCCCCCGCCCGGGCUAUGGGCAAGGCAGGGCCCCAUACGGAUAUGUUCAGCCCCCUCCUCGCCCUGCUCUCAGCACCUCUGCUCUCCUUGGUGAUUAUUCAAUAGGCCUUGGGGACACCACUCACAGCACCGAUCUCAGUGUCAGUGGGAAAUCUGACAUGUCUGCUCCUUCUUUGAUGGACGGAGAUGGGAGAAUCUCGGCACGUGAGUUGCGUGUGAGUGAGACAUUCACAUCUGGUCUUCGUUCCCAUCCAAUUGCAUCUGCACCACAUCUCCGCCAGUCCCUACCGAACAUGGGUGCACCUUCUGAGGAACCUCCAAAAAUCUAUCCACUUCAUCUAUUGCUCACCACCAACUAUCGUCUCCCUGGUGAUGUUGACCGCUGCAAUCUUGAGCGGCACUUGUCUGAUGUUGAUUUUGAAGCCAUUUUUCACAUGAGCCGAACAGACUUCUAUCGUCUGCCUCAGUGGAGACGUAAUGACAUGAAAAAGCGAGCCAAACUAUAUUAAAAAUUUGUGUCUUCAAUCUUGGAAAAAAAUAGGCCAUCAGUGCUGUAGACUUGGCCAGUCCUCCCAGAAGGGUCUCAAGUUCCUCCCAGAGUGAAGGAGGAAAUAGUAUCAGAAAAACACUUUUUUCCUGGAAUUUGUUCCACUUGACUGGCCUGAUGCCCUGAAUUGGUAUGAGAGAGUGUGAGUGUGUGUGUGUUUGUGUUUGAAUGAAUGAGUGUGAGUAUUGUGUCUUGAGUUCCCUCAUGUUUCUUCUCCAUUAUUGCUCUCCCCACUCCUCAUCCAUAGAAGUACAUGUAAUGGAUUCUAAGGACACUCCUCACCCCAUACAAAACAGUGGUGUUGGCAAGUUCCCUUACAUCUUGCUUUUAUCCAACUCUUCUGCAAUACUGUAGUACUGCUAUCCUUUUUCUUUAGCUGAUUGGGAUUCUUCUCUGGCUUGGGAUUAAUUGGCUUUUUCAUUGGCAUCUCUGUAGCUUGCUUUGCCUCUGGUGCUGUUUGGCUUUGUCUUGAUGUUGGAAAUGAAUUAAAUUCUUCUGGUAUUAAAGCUUUUGAAGUAAGCAGUGUAUUGGUGAUGGAGCCAUGGCUGCUCAUUUCAGGAGCUUUUAAAAAGGGAGAUAUUUGGCUAAAGAUAGCUAAUGACAGCUUAUAUCAGCUAUUGUGUCUGUAUGAUAAAAAAAAAUUCCUCUUUCCACUCUUUCUCAUCAAUUUGGAAGAUUUGGAAAACUGGUAGCUAUUAUGAGCAUCUCAUCAGUUCUGUGCAGCUCAUUGUGAUGCCCUGAAGCUCCCAAAGAAAUUUACCUACAUAUUGUUUUAUCAACUCUUAGCACCAGUCUCAUAGCCUUCUCUGUCAUCCACUUGUUCAUUGUGAACUUUUCUUUGUUGAAGGGAAUGCCAUCCAAAGGAUCAGAGACCUAAGAAUGAGAGCAAGAUGGUUCCUCUCAUGUCAACAAAUUUAAUCUUCAUGUUUUCCUUAUUCAAAGGCACAAGACAUGUAGAAGUGAAAUCUUAUUCAAUAUGAUCAUUCCAUUCUUGCAAAAAUACUUGAGUUGCCUUCUGGAAAAUUCUAAGUAGAAGCCAAAAAAUCUUGGAGAAGGCCUCCAUCAUUUACUUUCAUCAUGCAUGACAGCACCAGUCUGUUAUUAUGCAAUGGUAGAGCUGUACAAGUCAUUUGGGUUGCUUCUGAUGCUGUCUUAAGAAUUUGUGACUUUGUUGAUGCAGUCCUAGACACGAUUGCAGCUGAUACAAUGUCAGAAUUAAGCCAGAGAUGAGUAUGAAGAGUCAUUAUCGAUGCACUUUAACUCUUGUUUCAUUUGAGACUUUUCUCACCAUCGCAAAAAUUGUUAGACCAGAAGCAAUGUAGGCAUGCCAAGGCAACUGCAUAGUAUCAUUGGAAUCAAUGAAAUCAUAUGGUGAACUCCCAUUUUAUCUUGAGCACUUUGUGAUUUGAGGCAGUGAUUUUUCUGUAGUUUUCCAUAUGUAUAAACUAGUCAUGAAUUUCGCGGUUUUAAAAUGCACUGUCAAUUGGUGCUGUUGUGGUGAAGGUCUUGUCCCCUUUUUCUUUCUCAUCUCAUGCCUUAGUCAAGAGCCUAUGUGGUACCGGUAUUCCUGUAUUUAUUUAUUGAAGGAAGUCUUUUGAGUAUUCCUAUUAUUAUUGCUGUUGGGCUUUAAUGAUGAAUGCUGACAUAGUAACACUGAUACGACCUUUAACAAUGGACAUUCCCUGUAUCUUUGCAUAGUUUUCUAUUUACAGCUUUCUCUAGGUGGAGAAACUCCAAAAAGUGGCUUGACCCAUUCUUUGUCGUCUAAUUCACGCCUACAUAAAGACGCUGUGAAUGCAUUAAUCCCUGUACCAAAGCAUUGUUCAGACUCUAAGGGAGGUUCAUCUCUAGUUGCAUCUUCAUGGAACUGUUGAUUUGAAUCCCGCACAAGUUUCAAUGCCAAUGACGUAACCGUACGAGCAUUUCGUACAUCCUUCAGAUGGAAUGAGAAAAAAAAAGAACGAAGACCCGACUGUGACCAUUAAACUGCUACUUCCCCCUCUAAUAUACUAUUUCAUACACUCACACACACACACACACACGCAGACAGACAGACAUAAACACACACAUGCUUGCACACUCCGCGCGCGCGCGCGCGCUUAACGUACUUCCAUGCUGAAAUUAUUAGAUAUAUUCAUUGUAUGACAUUGCUUAGGAUAGAAGAUUUAUGUUGCACUCAUUUUGUGCAUUAAAUUUUAGUUUAAUCCCUGUGAUGAAGGUCAUGUGCAUGAAUUUUUCUUUUCUUUUCUGGCAUGCCUUUAUCAUCAAUAAAUGAGAAUGAGG